AUGAAGAUGGAAGCAUUUUCUUGUUUUGGGGUUAGAAGUAAGAAAAAGACAAUGUUGGCCGAGAAACAAAUACAAUUGGAAUUGUCAGAAGCAGAAAAGAACCCCAACUACUUUAGUUUUCUAUCGACCGAACUACUGUUGUAUAUAUUGAAAUUCAUGAGCAUUCACGAAUUGUGUAUUUUGGCAAGACUAUCGAAACGCUUCAAGGAGUGUUGUUACGACUCUACACUUUGGCGAACAUUGGCAAUGAGCAGCAACAUGCCAAGGAAAAAGAUCAUCUCUGCACUCAAAAACAUGGAAUCGACAGCAAGACUGCAGGCAGUGCGUAUGAUCAACCUCAACAAUGCCAACAUCAAGCAAACCACCAUCGAUUAUAUAGUUACCCAUACCCCACAACUCAAGGAAAUACGACUUCACAACCUGAAAUUGACCGAAAAGACGUCGAAGCUCCUCGUUGCCAAAUGCCCCAACUUGGAACAAGUCUUUAUGGACGGUGGAAAAACAUCAGACGAGUGCCUCGAGUUGUUGGCAAAUGGUGCCAUCAAACUCAAAUCAAUCAAUCUUCACAAAGUUGAAAAUAUUACAACUACAGGCAUUUGUCAUAUCAUUAAGAAUACCAAUCUUAGUUUCUUAAAUUUUAAUGGAAUUUCUGGAUGGGAUAUUAGAACUUUGGCACCUUAUUGUGCACAUUUUACAUCAAUGGAUUUAGGAUCAAGUAAUAAUUUAAGUGAUGAUGAUUUAAAGGCAUUGACAAGACAAUGUAAGAAAUUGAAAUUUAUAUCAUUAAAGAGUUGCAAAUUGAUUACAGAUCAUGGAGUAUUGGAAUUGAUUCAUGAUUGUCCACAAUUGAUGGAUCUCAACUUGGCAUCGUGUAGCAAGGUUACUCGUACCUCUAUCCAACACGUUCUCCAACAAUUGCAUUGUCUCACCACCCUCAACCUCUCCAACUUUAAGAAUAUCCAUCCCAUCACUUUCCCCAAGAACCCAUACCGUCUCCUCAACACCCUCACCAACAUUGACCUCUCGUUUACCGACGUUAAUGACGACGAUAUCCGUCAACUCACUGAAUACGCAUGCAAUCUUAAAAACCUCCGUCUCUGUGCAUGUGUCGAAGUGACCGACUCGUCCAUGACUCUGAUCGCCACCUAUUGCAAAAAGUUGGUAUGUGUCGAUCUCUCUCGUGAAGGUCCAUCUAUCAACCCUGGUCCAGCCCAGACCAAGGGUCCAAUGAAAAUCACCCUCGAGACGGUCGAGGCACUCUUUCUCAACUGCCAAGACCUCCAAAAGGUCGCCCUUCCCUACUCUUCCAGAAACAACAUCACUAAGCGUAGUGUGUUGGAAGUUCAUGAAAGAAGACUCUCCCUUGGUUGGAAAAAUCUAAACUUUACCCUAACUGAAGAACAUAUUGUUUUAAAUAAUUUAAAUAAUAAUAAUUUAAAUAACAACUUGAAUAAUACCGUAAAUAAUAAUAAUAAUAUAAAUAAUAAUAAUAAUAUAAAUAAUAAUAAUAAUAUAAAUAAUAAUAAUAAUAACAAUAGUAGUGGUAGUGGUAAUAGUAAUAAUACUAGUAGUAAUAAUUUACAAAAUACUUUGGUACCCAAUAAUGACCAUGCCAAUUAUCACCCCAAUUUGAAUAAUUUACAUUUACCUCCAAUUCCACUUGCAAAUGGUACUCCUCAAAGUUAA